ACGACGACGACGAUGAGCCAAGGAGCGGGACGGACAUCACACAUCACUGCAAGCUGGAAGCCAGACUCGUGCAACGCUGAUCGCCUGGAGUAUGCGACGAUAACCCUGCAGCCAUGCCGCCUACGACCCACAUCCCAUCCGGCCCGGACAUUGUCUGCCCAGCCUUCGCUGUCGGCUCCGCUUCUGUUGCACACAUGAACGGAAACAGUGUGCCCGACCCGCUAGAGAGGCACACGAAAUGGAUCGUCCAAAAGUAUGGAGGAACGUCCGUUGGAAAAUUCCUGUCUACCAUCGCAAGCGUCAUCGCGCCGCACUACCUACAGACACACAAGGUCGCGAUCGUCUGCUCCGCGCGUAGCGGUCAGACCAAAGCGCUCGGCACGACUAACCUUCUGCUCAAGGCUGCCAAAGAGGCACUGGAGGGUGGCCAACAGACGCCUGCUGCUUCCACACCAGGCGGUGGUGGAUCGGUAGCGCUUCGCUCCGGAGGAGCCGGCGGCUCGCUCUCAUCUUCCCUCGCUAGCCUCUCUGCUGACUCAAGCGCUGCGGCUGGGGGAGCGGCGAACAGAUUGCCUUCUGCAUCCGCAUUUUUCCGCACAAGCGGGAGCAACAGCGAUUCCUCGCCUUUGCGGGGCACCGAGCAGCAGAGCUCGCUCUCGCGCACCUCCAGCUUCCACAAGUCUCUCAACGGCAAGUUGUCAGCGCUGAGUGUCUCGCAUACCCCCGAUCGGGGGCGCUCCUCGUCUCCCCCCUCAACAGAGACGCCGCCGUCGCCGCCUGUGACUGGCUUCCACGCUACGGUGGACCGCAUCUACUCAGACCACAUUGCCGCCGCACGCUCAGUCGUCACAAAGGAUCGAGAGUUGCUUGCACUCCUAGAGCAGGAGAUCGAGGAGGACUGUGAUCGCUUGCGCGACUUUUUGCUCGCCGCCAAGAUCAUUGAAGAAAUCUCCCCUCGCUCGCAAGACAUCAUCAUGGGCAUUGGCGAGCGACUGUCCUGUCGCAUUGUCGUCGGUGCACUGCGGGAUGCCGGCGUAAACGCUGAGCUUAUCGGUCUUGAGAACAUUGUCGAUCAGCCCUUCUUAGACUCGAUCGGCGCAUCUCCCGAUGUGGCAGGGCGUGGCGCUUCUGCUGGCAGCAGCGGCAGCACUGAAGUCUACCUGGACCAGCGCUUCUAUGACGCUCUGGCUGAGAAGCUUGGCGCUGUCUUGCAGCAGUGUGAUGGCGUGCCCGUUGUAACGGGCUACUUUGGCAACGUCCCCGGCUCGCUGCUGCAGCAGAUCGGACGCGGAUACACCGACCUGUGCGCCGCGCUUUGCGCGGUCGGGCUCCGCGCGCAGGAGCUGCAGAUCUGGAAAGAGGUUGAUGGCGUCUUCACUGCCGAUCCGCGCAAAGUGCCCACCGCGCGCCUCAUCCCCGCCAUUACGCCCGAGGAAGCAGCGGAACUCACGUACUACGGCAGCGAGGUCAUCCACCCUUUCACAAUGGAGCAGGCCAUUAAGAACGCCGUCCCCAUCCGUAUCAAGAACGUCGAGAACCCCGAGGGCCAAGGCACGGUCAUAUUCCCGGAUCGCGAAGGCGACGUAGGAAGCGAGCACGUGGUCGACGGCAAGAUUGAGCAGCCCCGUACGCCUGGUGGCAAAAGCGGCACGAACAUACCCUGGGGUGCUGGCUCGGGGCUCCUCACGCCUGGCUUUGCCGCGGACGAGGACUUGGCAGGCAAGCAGCGCAAAUUGCCAACAGCUGUCACGAUCAAGGACGAUAUCAUCGUGCUCAACGUGCACUCCAACCGCAAGACCAUCUCGCACGGCUUCUUUGCGCGCAUCUUUACCAUUCUCGACCGAUACGGCGUCGUCGUCGACUUGAUCUCGACGUCGGAGGUGCACGUGUCCAUGGCCAUGAACGGCUCCUUCCGCCGCGGGCAGCUCGAGCGCAUCAAGGAUGAGCUCUCCGCAGUCGGAUCCGUCUCGAUCCUCCACGACAUGGUCAUCGUCUCGCUCGUUGGCAAGCAGAUGCGCAACAUGGUUGGCGUCGCCGGCAAGAUGUUCACUACCCUCGCAGAGGGUAACGUAAACAUUGAGAUGAUUUCGCAGGGUGCAAACGAGAUCAACAUUUCCUGUGUCGUGCACAAGAGGAGCGCACUCAAAGCAAUCAACCUCAUCCAUUACUCUGUUCUCGAGGUCAGCCCCAAACCGGUUAAUGCGCAGAGCGGCAACUUUGGCUCGUCGUUCUUCUAAGAAAGCGUAACCAGGCUGUAUGUACCCGCUGCAGGGGCAGUGUACUGCUCACUGGAUUGCGAGCUUUGCAAUCUCGAUGCCUUUGUAGAGAUACAUCCCAUGCGCGAAUUUGAUAUCUCGUUCAGUGU